AUGACGGAGGGGCAUGAAGGUACACUGUUCGUCACACCUUUCCGUAACCUGCAAUGUCGAGUCGUGAACAUCAUGAAUAACAUCACCAGCCAGAAUGUUGACAAACAGAACAACACCAGCCAGAACGCUGACAAACAGAACAACACCAGCCAGAACGCUGACAAACAAAACACCCCCAGGCAGAACACUGACAAACAGAAAACCACCAGCCAGAAUGUUGACAAACAGAACAACACCAGCCAGAACGCUGACAAACAGAACAUCACCAGCCAGAAUGUUGACAAACAGAACAACACCAGCCAGAACGCUGACAAACAGAACAACACCAGCCAGAACGCUGACAAACAGAACAUCACCAGCCAGAAUGUUGACAAACAGAACAACACCAGCCAGAACGCUGACAAACAGAACAACACCAGCCAGAACGCUGACAAACAAAACACCCCCAGAACAUCACCAGGGAGAACACUGACAAACAGAACAACACCAGCCAGAACGCUGACAAACAGAACAUCACCAGCCAGAACGCUGACAAACAGAACAACACCAGCCAGAACGCUGACAAACAGAACAACACCAGCCAGAACGCUGAGAAAACAGAACACCACCAGCCAGAACGCUGACAAACAGAACAACACACGGGAGAACGCUGACAAACAGAACAACACCAGCCAGAACGCUGACAAACAGAACAACACCAGCCAGAACACUGACAAACAGAACAACACCAGCCAGAAUGUUGACAAACAGAACAACACCAGCCAGAACGCUGACAAACAGAACAACACCAGCCAGAACGCUGACAAACAGAACAUCACCAGCCAGAAUGUUGACAAACAGAACAACACCAGCCAGAACACUGACAAACAGAACAACACACGGGAGAACGCUGACAAACAGAACAACACCAGCCAGAAUGUUGACAAACAGAACAACACCAGCCAGAACGCUGACAAACAGAACAACACCAGCCAGAACGCUGACAAACAGAACACCACCCGGGAGAACACUGGCAAACAAAACUCCGCCCGGGAGAACACUGACAAACAGAACAACACCAGCCAGAACGCUGACAAACAGAACAUCACCAGCCAGAACACUGACAAACAAAACAUCACACGGGAGAACGCUGACAAGCAGAACAACACCAGCCAGAAUGUUGACAAACAGAACACCGCCAGCCAGAACGCUGACAAACAGAACAACACCAGCCAGAACGCUGACAAACAGAACAACACCAGCCAGAACGCUGACAAAGAGAACACCGCCCGGGAGAACACUGACAAACAGAACACCGCCCGGGAGAACACUGACAAACAGAACAUCACCCGGGAGAACACUGACAAACAGAACAUCACCCGGGAGAACACUGACAAACAGAACACCACUAGCCAGAACGCUGACAAACAGAACAUCACCCGGGAGAACACUGACAAACAGAACAACACCAGCCAGAACGCUGACAAACAGAACAUCACCAGCCAGAACGCUGACAAACAGAACAACAUCAGCCAGAACGCUGACAAGCAGAACACCACCAGCCAGAACGCUAACAAACAGAACACCACCAGCCAGAACGCUGACAAACAGAACAACACCAGCCAGAACGCUGACAAACAGAACAACACCAGCCAGAACGCUGACAAAGAGAACACCGCCCGGGAGAACACUGACAAACAGAACACCGCCCGCGAGAACACUGACAAACAGAACAUCACCCGGGAGAACACUGACAAACAGAACACCAUCCGGGAGAACACUGACAAACAGAACAUCACCCGGGAGAACACUGACAAACAGAACACCACUAGCCAGAACGCUGACAAACAGAACAUCACCCGGGAGAACACUGACAAACAGAACAACACCAGCCAGAACGCUGACAAAAACACCACCAACCAGAACGCUGACAAACAGAACAUAAACCGGGAGAACACUGACAAACAGAACACCACCAGCCAGAACGCUGACAAACAGAACACCACCAGCCAGAACGCUGACAAACAGAACAACACCAGCCAGAACGCUGACAAAGAGAACACCGCCCGGGAGAACACUGACAAACAGAACACCGCCCGGGAGAACACUGACAAACAGAACAUCACCCGGGAGAACACUGACAAACAGAACACCAUCCGGGAGAACACUGACAAACAGAACACCACCCGGGAGAACACUGACAAACAGAACACCACUAGCCAGAACGCUGACAAACAGAACAUCACCCGGGAGAACACUGACAAACAGAACAACACCAGCCAGAACGCUGACAACCAGAACGCUGACAAACAGAACAUCACACGGGAGAACACUGACAAACAGAACACUGCCCGGGAGAACACUGACAAACAGAACACCGCCCGGGAGAACACUGACAAACAGAACAUCACCCGGGAGAACACUGACAAACAGAACACCACUAGCCAGAACGCUGACAAACAGAACAUCACCCGGGAGAACACUGACAAACAGAACACCACCAGCCAGAACGCUGACAAACAGAACAACACCCGGGAGAACACUGACAAACAGAACAUCACCCGGGAGAACACUGACAAACAGAACAACACUAGCCAGAACGCUGACAAACAGAACAACACCAGCCAGAACACUGACAAACAGAACACCACUAGCCAGAACACUGACAAACAGAACAACACCAGCCAGAACGCUGACAAGCAGAACAACACCAGCCAGAACGCUGACAAGCAGAACAACACCAGCCAGAACGCUGACAAACAGAACACCACCAACCAGAACGCUGACAAACAGAACAUAAACCGGGAGAACACUGACAAACAGAACACCACCAGCCAGAACGCUGACAAACAGAACACCACCAGCCAGAACGCUGAAAAACAGAACAUAACCCGGGAGAACACUGACAAACAGAAUACCGUCCGGGAGAACGCUGACAAACAGAACAACACCAGCCAGAACACUGACAAACAGCACACCACCCGGGAGAACACUGACAAACAGAACACCACCAGCCAGAACGCUGACAAACAGAACAACACCAGCCAGAACGCUGACAAACAGAACACCACCCGGGAGAACACUGACAAACAGAACAACACCAGCCAAAACGCUGACAAACAGAAUACCGUCCGAUAG